AUGAAGGACAAGGAUGAGAUCUAUGAGGAUCCUGAGUCUACUGAGGUUGAUGAGAGCGAGGACACGGAUGAUACGGGAGCGAGUGUGGAGGCAGCAAUAAAGCAGGAAGAAGAGAUAGUCACCAUGGAGGCAGCAGCGGUGAAUGAUGGAGAUGGAGAUGGUGUCAACACUUUUACGAUCCUAAGAGCGAUUGGCGGCGACGUGGACGUGCGCGGCGCGGCGUUUCGACUGCGAGAGAAGGUGAUGGAGCGAUUGCUGGGCGAGCUGCGACAGGCGACGGACACGCAGGUGCUGCAAGGAGGGGGUCCCAAGGCGGUGCAGCGGCAGCACAGGCGCGGCAAGCUACUGCCCCGCGAGCGCAUCGACCGCCUGCUCGACCCCGCCUUGCCCUUCCUCGAACUCUCCCAGCCUCACUCCCGUAUUCUCACCUUCCCGCCUCUGCCAUCGCCAUCUCCCCAUCUGUCCUCCUCAACAACCCCACCUCCCCGCCGCUCUCCCUCCCACCUUUUCCCCCCCUCUCCGCCCAUGUCGUUCCAGCUGGCGGGCGUGGGCAUGUACGGGGAGGAGGAGGUGCCGGGGGGGGGCAUCGUGACGGGGUUAGGGCGCGUGGGCGGGCGGGUGAGUGUGAUAGUGGCGAACGACGCUACAGUGAAGGGCGGCACGUACUACCCCAUCACCGUGAAGAAGCACCUCAGAGCACAGGAGAUCGCUGCUCAGUGCCGCCUGCCCUGCAUCUACCUCGUUGACAGCGGAGGCGCCAACCUGCCACGGCAGGCGGACGUGUUUCCAGACCGCGACCACUUCGGCCGCAUCUUCUUCAACCAGGCGCGCAUGUCACGGGACGGCAUACCGCAGAUCGCGGUGGUGAUGGGCAGCUGCACGGCGGGGGGCGCGUACGUGCCGGCCAUGGUGGACGAGAGCAUUAUCGUGCACCGCCAGGGUACCAUCUUCCUCGGCGGGCCACCACUCGUCAAGUCAGACGGCGAGGUGCUCAAGGAAGACAGCGAGGUGCUCAAGGAAGACAGCGAGGUGCUCAAGGAAGACAGCGAGGUGCUCAAGGAAGACAGCGAGGUGCUCAAGGAAGACAGCGAGGUGCUCAAGGAAGACAGCGAGGUGCUCAAGGAAGACAGCGAGGUGCUCAAGGAAGACAGCGAGGUGCUCAAGGAAGACAGCGAGGUGCUCAAGGAAGACAGCGAGGUGCUCAAGGAAGACAGCGAGGUGCUCAAGGAAGACAGCGAGGUGCUCAAGGAAGACAGCGAGGUGCUCAAGGAAGACAGCGAGGUGCUCAAGGAAGACAGCGAGGCGGCGACAGGGGAGGAGGUGACAGCAGAGGCGUUGGGGGGAGGGGCGGUGCACAGCCGGGUGUCGGGCGUGACGGACCACCUGGCGCGCGACGAGCUGCACGCCAUUGCCAUCGCCAGGCGCAUUCUCGCCUCGCUGCCCUCCUCACAUCCCGCCUCCUCCUCCACCUCACCCGCCCUCCCACCGCUCCCCUCGCCCCUGUCCCGCCGUGCAUGGGAGGAGCCGCUCUUCCCAGCGGAGGAGCUGAGGGGGCUGGCGCCCAUAGUGGGGGGGGAGGGGCGCAAGGGGGAGGGCGAGGGGGGCGAGGAGGAGGGGGCGGCGGAGGCGAGGGGGGUGGACAUGCGGGAGGUGAUCGCGCGGCUGGUGGACGGCAGCCAGUUCGAUGAGUUCAAGCGCCUCUAUGGCUCUUCGCUGGUGUGUGGGUUUGCGAGGGUGCAGGGUCAGGAGGUGGGCGUGGUGGCGAACAACGGCGUGCUGGUGGUGGAUGCGGCGCUCAAGGGCGCGCACUUCGUGCAGCUCUGUGACCACCGGCGCACCCCGCUGCUCUUCCUGCACAACAUUUCCGGCUUCAUGGUGGGGCGGGCAGCAGAGAGUGCGGGCAUAGCCAAGGCAGGGGCCAAGAUGGUUAUGGCUGUUGCAUGUGCUCAGGUGCCUAAGAUAUCGCUGGUGGUGGGCGGCAGCUUUGGGGCGGGCAACUACGGCAUGUGUGGCCGCGCCUACUCGCCCAACUUCCUCUUCCUCUGGCCCUCCGCGCGCAUCUCCGUCAUGGGCGGCCAGCAGGUGGGUUUGGGCGGCCAGCAGGUGAGUCUGGGCGGCCAGCAGGUGAGUCUGGGCGGCCAGCAGGUGAGUCUGGGCGGCCAGCAGGUGAGUCUGGGCGGCCAGCAGGCGGCAGGGGUGUUGGCCCAAGUGGAGAAGGACAAGAGAGCACGUGAUGGCACUCCGUGGGGCGAGGAGGAGGAGCGCGCGUUCAAGCAGGGCAUAGCGCAGCGGUACGACAGCGAGGGCUCGGCGUUCUUCUCAACGGCGCGGCUGUGGGACGACGGCAUCAUCGACCCCGCCCACUCCCGCACCGUGCUCUCCCUCGCCCUCGCCGCCACCCAAGCCGGCAUGCCCGCUGCUCACACCCUCACUGAUGCUGGCCCCAGAUAUGGAGUGUUCCGCAUGUGA